UUGAUGUUUUGUCUUUUUCAAAAUAAUCAUAAUGGGCCAGAGUUUUGCCGAUGAAACAGUAAAUGCCGUUUAAUGUUGGGAGUUACUCAGAAUGACGUCACUGCGUUGUCCGUCCACUCGCUGGGGGUCGUCGUUAGAUUGUGCAGGUGUACCUAAUCUAGUGGCCACGAGUGCAGAGAUGUGACACGCGCCGAGGUUAAGAAAAUAGCAUGUAGACGACUAUCAAUAUUUUCCAGGGAGGGAGUCUCCAUUAUUGCUGACCUCGGGGUCUCUCGCGUGAUAUUUUAAUUGUAAUUACGAUGAUGUCAGAGUGUCCGUCCGCCCUAAUGACUUUCUCGCACAGAAAAAAGGGAGGGGUCGGGGGGGGACAAACCUUCCAGCUUCCAUUUCAGUUGCUCGUCGCACGAACGGAGCCACACACGCUCCGAUCUCGGCAGAAGGUGAGACACCAAAGCAUGCGCGACCUUCCUCCAUCGCUCCUGCUGCCGCUGCUGCUGUUGCUGCUGCUUCUCCUGAGCCAGCGCGCGGCUGUGAUGCGCGUCGCCGAGACGACGGCGCUGCACAGCUUCCGCGGAUGCGCAGUGCGAGAGUUCACCUUUGUGGCCCAGAAGCCGGGCUGCAAGGGGCUGCGGGUCACCACGGAGGCCUGCUGGGGCCGCUGUCACACCUGGGAGAGGCCAGUGCUGGAUCCCCCCUACAUCCACCGGCACCAUCGCGUGUGCACGUACGCGGUGACCCGUUACGCGAGUGCGCGACUGCCUGGCUGCCAGCCUGGCAUCUCGCCUCUCUAUCACUACCCGGUGGCCGUGAAGUGUCACUGCGCCGUGUGCACCACCCUGGACAGCGAGUGUGAGAGCUUCUGAUCGGAAGAGGAAGGAGGCCACCAUGUCCACCAUGUCAUCAACUUGUGUGUGAUGCUCAUUAAAAAGCAUACAAAAGAAA